AUGACACUACGGGCGCAUGCGCUCAGCACGCGCGGGGCUUUCCCGCGCGUUUGCAGCCGUCCUGGUGUGCAUUCCGGCGGCGCCUUCGCUUGUGUAACCGAGGACGCGCUCGGCGACGCGGCGCAUGCGCAACGCUGCCGCCAGGUCCGAGUUUGCUUUCUAGCGCCCUCACCGGUUCCUAAAGGAAGGCUCGUCUGCAUCCGGGUCACUCGCGCGUCGCUCCCUCAGGAAAAGCGGCAGCGCUCGCCGCGCGGGAAACGAAACGUCCGAAGUUCUGUUUCGGGGAGCGGUGGUGGUGGGGCCUCCGCGUUUCCUCGUCUGCCGAGUAAGUAUGGUCCUUUCCGGCCGCCUUCGCCUCCCUCCCUUCUCUCCUCAGGGGAAGCGAAGCUCCGCGGCGCCGGGUCCUGUCUGCCGAGGGCGGCUCUUUUCUGCUGAGUCACUGCGCCAGGUGCUCGGCGACGACUUUUCCGUGGCCCCGGAGGCCUCGACGGGGCUCCUCGACCGCCUUGCCUCGCUAGUCCAGCUUCGCCGCCGCCGCCGCUCCUUACAGAUAAGAGCAGGCAGAAGCUCCACUGGCAAAGCUUUCCCUUGCGGUUUCGGGAAUGUUAAUGUGCCGUUUAGCGCUCAUCAGUACAGUGGUACCUCGGGUUAAGUACUUAAUUCGUUCCGGAGGUCCGUUCUUAACCUGAAACUGUUCUUAACCUGAAGUCCACUUUAGCUAAUGGGGCCUCCUGCUGCUGCUGCGCCGCCGGAGCACAAUUUCUGUUCUCAUUCUGAAGCAAAGCUCUUAACCUGAAGCACUAUUUCUGGGUUAGCGGAGUCUGUAAGAUGAAGCGUAUGUAACCUGAAGCGUAUGUAACCCGAGGUACCACUGUAGUGCGUUAAGAGCAAGAACCGUCAUCGCAGAAACCUUAAAACGCAGAACCUUAAAAGGCUUAGACUGUUGAGCUUGCAGCGCACACUGAGGUGCUCCAAAGACACGGAAGUAUUGGCACGUUUACGUUUACACGUUUACAGGUGCCGCAUGAUACCCGCACCCAGAUCUGUAAGAAGAAUUCGACGUUUCAAAAUUAUGCAUUUUUUAUGUUUUAUCUUUUUUCUAAACUGCUUUGAGGUUCCAUGAGUACUUUGGUUAGUAGUGUUGGACUACCAGCGAAUGGGGACAGGCAGAUUGAGUGGACUGAGAUCUUCUGUGGGACUAGCUUCUCACUUGAAAUUUUGUUAGCUAUUAAUGGCAGACAUUUUCACUGUGGCAUUUUUUAAAUGUUUGCCACAGAUCUAAUCUGACAAAUAGCCUUUUAUGGCCAAAACUCAUGCCUCCUUAAGGAGCCACAAGGGCCUUCAAUGUUUGGGGGCUGCAACAGGCUAGCACAGUUACUCCUUGUUCUUGGUGCAGUAUAAGCAUUCAGAGCAAUUGUGAAACUAAGAUUAGGAGGUGUUAACCUGCUUUGUCUAGGGCAGGCAUGUCCGACUUAAAAUCGGCUUUGAUCUACGAUCCAAUAUAAAAACUGGCAGUGAUCUACCACCCAGGGAUGGUGGCAGGGAUGGGUGUAGGGUGAGCAGGCGGGCGCUGGCUGCUUCCCCUGAAGGGGCAGGUGUGCACAGUGGCAAAAUGUCCCCUCUUGUGAGAGGGGCUUGCUGGCUGCUUUUCUGAUGCCUGGUUCCCCAACAGGGCAGGCGCGUGCAGCGGCUAAACAUUUCCUCUUGUGAGAGAAGCUUGCCCGCUGCUUUCCCGACUGGGCACACAGGAUGUCAAAACAGCCCUGCAAUCGACUAACAUUCAUCCUGCGGUGCCCUGAUCGAUCAUGAUCAACGCGUUGGACAUUCCUGGUCUAGGAUAUUCUUAGUGGUUUGUCUCAAUUAAAGGUUGGGCUUCACUUGGUCUUCAUUCUGUUAUUACAGAAAUUGGCCCAACUUGCCAGAUGGUUAUCUCCACCUGCUGUGGGCCAAGUUUGACAGGUAGGUGGAGCCCCCCGCCUAUCAGUCAGUUGAUAGCAGGCGAAUUUUAAAAGCCUACUUUAAAGCAAAAUAUAAAAAAAUUCCGUCCAGUGGCAGAGACCAACUAAGUUUGUUAUUGGUAUGAGCUUUCGUAUCUGAAGAAGUGUGCAUGCACACGAAAGCUCAUACCAAUAACAAACUUAGUUGGUCUCUAAGGUGCUGCUGGAUGCAAUUUUUUUUAUUUUGUUUCGACUACGGCAGACCAACACGGCUACCUACUUGUUACUUUAAAGCACUAACUUGAUAAGGGCUUCUUGGAGUAUUCCUGACACCCUUCAAAAGGGCUAUCUUUGGAAUGCUUUGCAUAGGGCUUUUUGGGCGCCAUCAGUCAGCUGGCUGGUGGUGCCUGCAAACCUUUUUAGGCUGAGCCAGGUUUUACUUGCCCUUGCCUGUUAGGUGGGCAUGGCUAGGCUGAAAUGACCCUGGCCAGUUGCGGCGUCCUGUCAGGCCCAGUUUGGCCUGUGAGCCAGAACAUGAUAACUUGGGUCAGUUGGGUCUGAGUGUGACUGUUUGGCUUUCUGUUUUUGAAAACAUUAGGAAAAAGAUAGCUGAAUGUAUCAGGUAGUGGUAAUGCAGAGAAAAGGAAUUAAAAUAAGCAAAGUUUUUGUUACAAUGUGGAAAGUGUCUAUUUUUAAAAAAAAUACCAAACAUUUCUUGAAUUAGGAAAUCAACCUUUCUGCAGCAAAAAUCAUAUGCAGUUGUAUCAUGGUUCUCUUAAGUAUCAGACCACAUGCUAACUUGCUAGAAACUGCAUCUCUCUCCCCCCCCCCCCCAGUUUUUUAAAUCUGUGUGUCCAACUAUAGCCAUAUACAUUUUCCACACUUUAUGGGUCUGGAUAAAAGUCAGAUCUAUCAAAUACAAAAUGAAUAAUUUUGUUUUCACAUAUUUUUGCAGACAAUAUCCCUCAAACAACUAUCAGAUUCAGAUCACAUCUGUCCUCGCAGAUGGAAUGAUAAAAAUUACAGUUGCUGGAGAGUGCACUUGUGCUUAGGUCCUAUUUGUGGGUUUUCCACAGGUAUCUGGUUGGUUACUAUGUGAACAGGAUGCUGAACUAGAUGGGAUGUUGGCCUGAUUCUGUAUGCUUUUCUUAGAUCUGAAACUUUUUAGUGCAACCUUGGUGCAAAAACAUGACUCUGGCUUUUUACAUGAGAUCUUCUCCUAACCACUGUCAAAACACACCUAACAAUUGUUAGUAAAAGAUUGGGGUUGAAUGUGCUCCUUCUUUUUCAACUUAAUGAUGUAUCACAAUACAUUGUGCUGUUGAAAAGUUUAUAUCGCCCAGCCCUAACAGCUGUACAGGCAGUCCGGCAAAAAAUGUCAUCUUGUAAAAGAAGAGUUACUGCUUAAAAAUAAUGAAAUAGGUUUCAAUCCCAAUCCUAUUGGCCUGGGUAUAAGCCCUUUUGAAUUCAGUAGUAUCUAUUUCUGUGUAGAAAUGGUUAGGAUUGUGCUGUUAGGCCUGGUUUUCCAAGAAUUUUUAUAUAACAGACAUUUAACUGACUGUAGUACUUGCUGAAGCUGCAGUAUAACAUUUUGGGCUAAGAGAUACACAUGCAUACAUACAAACAUAACAGAAUUUAUAAAUACUUAUGGUUGGCCACUAUUGCUGAGGCUGAGCACCGUUUAGUUUGUGGUGUCCAAUUAAGAACUGUUUUGAAAAAAUAAAUGGAAAGUGCUGCAUUGGGUAAAAAUGGUGACUAGCCAUUCUGUUUUUGUUUCUGUAACCCAGGUUUCAGGAGCCAUUUGUCUCCUAGUGUUUAAACCACAGAGCCUAGGACUUGCCAAUCAGAAGGUCGGCGGUUUGAAUCCCUGUGACGGGGUGAGCUCCCGUCGUUCGGUCCCUGCUCCUGCCAACCUAGCAGUUCAAAAGCACGUCAAAGUGCAAGUAGAUAAAUAGGUACCACUCUGGCGGGAAGGUAAACGGUGUUUCCGUGUGCUGCUCUGGUUCACCAGAAGCGGCUUAGUCAUGCUGGCCACAUGACUCGGAAGCUGUACUCCCUUGGCCAAUAAAGCGAGAUGAGCGCCGCAACCCCAGAGUCGGCCACGACUGGACCUAAUGGUUAGGGGUCCCUUUACCUUCUAACACUGCUGGUGAAACAAACCAUAGUUGUCACUAAAUCACAGUUCAGCUUAGGGUGAAAGUCCAGAGCUUGCUCAUGGUGCCAUCAGCCCAUUGUGUGAAGGUUUAGUUUAAAUUAUCUGGAAGUUGAUAUAUUAUUAACUUUUAACUUUUAAUUUCUGUCUCUCUUUUUACUUCAUCUAUAAUUAUUUUUAUUGUAACCCCACACACAGGAUUUGUUCUCAUUUUAACAGUACAGUACCUAAAUUUUGAGAUGCUUCAUAAAGUAUUAUUACUGCUACUAACCAUGAUUUGCACAAAGUAUAUACACUUCUGUUUUUAUAUCUUCAUUGUGAAUAAUAAAAAGUGAGAGCUUGCCUCAGGCUUUCAGAGGGUCCAGUAUUCAAUUAAGUUUUCUGCGAAAGACAAGCUGUUUUAUGUACCGUUGUAAUCCAUCUGUAUGGCGGAUAGGAAUUCAGAAAGCAGUCCUGUAGUUCAUCACUUCCUUUUGUGUCUUCCUUGUUGCCUGAGUCAACACUUAAUACGUACAUCAAAUACAUUAUGACACACUUCCAUCCUUCUAGAUGUGUCACAAUGACAUUUGUCAAGCAAGUAGCUAAGGCACAUGUCUGAAUGAAAUCAUUUCAGAGCAAACAAACAUCAGCUGAGUGGAGCAGGGAGGGAGUUCUGUCCAAGUGAGCAUUUUUCUGCCGCUUUCAUUUUAUUGCCUUUAUCUUAGUUUUUCAACAAAUGUGAGGGCUGCAAAAUUUGAACACCCCAGCAUUUUCUUUUUAGAGCAUAUGUAGGUAGCUUAGGUGUGUCAACCUAAUAUUCAUUUUAGUAAUUUUUAAAAUAGUUUUUGUGUGCCUUCUGCAUGGAAAAAUUAGAGCUGAUAUCUAUGGUCAGUUCCGUAGAUUAUAUUUAUACCACCUUGUUUUUAGUUUCUCUGGGAGACAUCCAAUGUUGUCUACCUAAUGCAAUGGAAAUCUACUUGCACAACAAGCUAGCUUUCUUCUCUCCCUGUGUGCUGCCAAAAUCUCCAGAGGUUCCCCAACUCUGGAGCAGGUUUGGAGGGCUGCAGGGAAGAGGAGAGCAAGGAGAAGAGAAGCCCUGUUGCACAUGCUGCAUUGGAUCAUGCCCUAUGCAUGGCUAUUAAUAUAAAAGGUAUCAUGCAUAGGGUCUCAAUAUAAGACACUGAGUUUCAGUGACACUUGCUUCCUUCUUUCUAAGUUAGUCAUAUUGUGGUUAAUUUUUUUACUUGAAAUUAAAGUUUUGUUUUCACUGAGAGACUAACCAUAUUCUGGAUCUGUACACUGCAAAUGAGGGCUCAAAUGACUAAUGUUUGCCACUGGUAGGCUUAAGGAACCCACUCUCUGAGAUCUAGUUUUCCAUACCAACUGGACUGUAUGAGUUAGCAUUUCAUCAUGUGUGUCUCAGCCUACUGUCUAAGAAGUUUUACCACAUCAGUGAGAUUUAGAGUUACGGUAAUAAUCAAAGUCACUGGCUUAAGAAGGUCUUAAUCUCUCCUGUAAACAGGAUUGUCCUUACUACCUGUAUAGUAAUAUAGUAUUUCUAAAGUAGUAUCAAUAUGCACCAGUUGUUUGGAAAAUAUUGACAAACUAGAAGGGAAUAUGAAUGUAGCAGUGCAAUCACUACAAGGUAAUGGAAUUGCAACCAUUUCCAGCAAUGCUGGCUGCAGAUUUAUGCAUGCUUAUUUUGAAGUAAGCCUUGUCAAAUUUAGCGAGAUUUGCUUCACAGUAAACAUACACAGAGCUGGAUUGUUGCAAGAAGUGAUAACGCCAGAUCGAUACAAGAUAUGAUGUCCUGCAUCCCAGUGUCUUGUCUGUGGUGCUUAAACAGCUUUGAGGAGAGCCUUGGAUUGUCUAUUCCCUUUUGGUGCUAAUAGCAACUUGUUGGGUUGGGUUGAAUUGGGUGGGUGAUUUAAGUUGGGGAGAAAUGAUAGAGGAAGAAAUGCUGGUUUGUGUUUUUUUGUAUUUUUAAAUCCCAUCCCUAGCAUUGAAGCCCAAUCCAAAUCCCUCUCUAUGGCUGCUUCUAACCUAAGAAAAGGUUUGAUUUAGAUAUAGCAACAUAAUAUAGUUCAGCACUGUGAAGGAGUGAGGCAGGUCUCAGGUUUGGCUGCUUCCCUGCCUUGUGACCUGACACCCGAUCCCUCUGGUGCAGCUGUGAGGAACAGUCAUAAUCUCUGAUAAGGACAAUCUGUGGCUGGUUUAAAAUAUGGCUUAUUGAAGUAAGCCAAGAUUAUUCUAGUUGCUUAUUCUACUUUGUUCCAAUAAAUCAAUAGUUUGAUUAAUGGAAGUUCCUUGUUUUAAUAAAAUUGCAAACUGCAGUUAGUUUUAAACCAGGAAGUGUGUGCUUCCUGCCUUUUCCUGGCAUGUGUUGAACAAAGAGAGGUAAACAUUUAAGCCUGAGAUUUGUGUAGUUUUUAAAUGGGCUUAUACUGUUAGGUUUGAAUUGGGCCACUAGGAGAGGUUUGAAUUGGGCCACUAGGAGAUCUGACCAUAUGUAGUCUGCAAAACUUCAGAAAUAAGCACUAAGCUCAGUAGAAGAUUGGAAUAUUUAUGGUAAUCAACACUGCAAGAAAGAAACAUACUUCUAGUUUAUAUUUUUUGUUUAAAGAAGGGGAUGAACGUUACCACACAGGACCUGUGACAGAUGUUCAGAUCUCGAUAAAGGAUCACCAAAUGAAUAUUUUUGCUUCAUAAUAUGGUAUUUGUAUAGCUUUGCUUUUCUGAACUACCUUAUCCUUUAAAAAAACCCUGCUCCUCAAAAUGGUAUUUGGGAAAACUGAUAAGGACAAUGAUGGCCUUUUCUGUCAGGAGGCGUUCAAAGAAUACCAACAGUGUAGUCAUAUGUGUGCUCAAGAUUUCCACAAAAUGGAAAACAGCCUCUUGCUCUGGGCUUCAGUUGGAUGGAGAUCACAAGCCAAACUGACUGCACAGCAGCUCCACCUCCACAGGCUUGCCAGGAAAGCUCUGAAUUCGGUGGGACUCCUUAAUAAAUGUACGUAGGACCACUGGUCCUGUUAGCUAGGGAUGAUGGGAGUUGUAGUCCCAAAACAUCUGGAGGGCCAAGUUUGCCUAUACCUGGCCUGGAGUCUCAAGGCUCUUUUCUGUAUUAUUCCCCCCCCCCCCACUACAGAAGUGUCCACACAACUGAACAUUCUAUGCAUUAACUUCUUACACUGCAAAAUUCCAGAAUGGGACAAUACCUAGAUAGGAAUUAGGAAGUUAAACAUUUGUAGGAUUAUUGUAUCGUAUGGCCUAUAUAUGCAUAACAUGUUAAUUCCUACACAUAAUUGCCUUUCCUGUAGGAAUGGUGAAGCAGCCCUACAAGUAAUGUAUGAAGUGAUCCUUUGAGGUGUCAUUUUUCCCCCUGGAGAAGUUUGGUCCGCUCUUGCACAGCAACCAGAACUUAAAACUGUUGGUCAGUGUAGUAGAUUGGUGUAUAAGCCUUCUGACAACUUUGGCUUCUCCAACAGGAUUUGAGUGCCUUGUGUGAAAACACUAUUAAAUUGCUAUUUAUAGGUCUUGUUGCAUUUCCUGAUAAUACCAUGGAGCCAGGAUCGCUGUCACUAGUCAAAUCUAGUAUGAAUUUCUGUACAACAUUAGUUGCCUCCAUUUUAUUCUCACAUGCUUAUUUUUCUUUAGCUUGCAGAGAGGAAGCAGUGGGUCGUUUUCUAACAAUGUUGGAGAUAGAAGAGAAUCUCCAGGCAGCUUUCAAAAAGCUAAGAGUAGACUCAGAAGGGUAAGUUAAUGUAAUUUUUAGUAUUAAGAGCAAAACUUGGCUGCACAAUGUGGGAAAUGAAAUGGCUUUGUGAUUGCAGUUUGUUUUGAAAAAAUUAUUGCUGCCAUGGUUUUUGAGUGAAGUUUGAUAUUGGUCUAAGUUAGCACAUAACACCAAGCCAUGGUUUGUUGAGCCAAAGUGUAAUCUUGUUUUUAACUGUAGUCUAGCUUAUUUCCAAGCCCAAUAGCCUUGUUUAACCAUGGUUUGCCCAUCCUGCCCCAGACUCUCAUCAAGCUACAGUGCAUAGGACAAAGAGCUGCUGGACAACGAGCCAAGGUCUCAAGUAACAAACUGUAGCCUGUUCUUCUGAGAGUUGAUUUGUGGUUUGUUGAACAAACAAUGGUUAAAACAAACCAUGGCUUAGCAUUAUGUGAAUGUAGCUGAUUAUUAUCAUUUACUCCUAAAAAUUACUCAAAGCGACUUACAAUCACAAGCGACAUAGGGAGCAUACAGGGCAGUCCCAUUUACUGGAUACACAUCAACUGUAAGCAGUACUCACUGGUAGUAAUAUCACCAAUUUUUAGUUUGUAAUACACUCCUCAUUGGAGGAGAUUAGUGGCCUUCAUGAGACAGUUUCAUCUUAACUGACCUGGUUUAGGUUUUACAACUAUGUGAUAAAAGUAUGUCCACCCCUAGCUUUUCCAUGGUGUUUGGAUGAUUUGUAGAAAUGGAAUAUGAUGAGGCCAGUUGGGGUGAACCAUGAAAUUACUGAAGAAGCAUGACAAAGCAUAGUGAAAUAGGGAGUACUGAAGAGUUUUUGUGAAUGAGACAUAGAGUCUUGAUGGAUUUUAUGAUAGAGCUUAGAACUACAGUUUUUUAAUACCACCAAAAACUUUUCGUUGAUUAAGUAAUUACCCAUUUGCUCCAUGAUCUCUUUUGCUUCCUUUGAGUACAGUGAUUGGGUAAAUCCCUGGAAAGCUUAGAAAGGUUUACUUGGUUAGGCCAGCAGUUUUUGCCUUUUAAGCGCAGCUGCAGGAAAGUGUAAUGGGGUAUGCAGGUUGGCACCAUGCUUUCUCGGGGUAUGGCUAUCUAGUCACACUUGACUGCUCCUUCUGCGUAUUCAGAGAAUGACCCCUUCUGGACCACACAUGAUUGGGGGAAUUUAACUCGUAUGUUGUGGCAGGGGUAGGCAAUGUGGUGUCCUCCAGAUGCUGUUGGAAUUCCAUCAGCCCCAGCCAGCAAGGCUGGUGGUCAGGGAUGAUGGGAGUUGUGAUUGAACAUCUGUAGGGCACCUUUUAUUACGGGACUUCUUCCCCUUGCAUCCUGGCUUUACACUGUUGGUCAGGUUGUUGUUGUCCAAACUAGCAUGCUGGCCAAAAUACAAAAAGGAGCCAAGUGUGGGUAAUAUAUUGAUGAUUUAGUGUGGGUAUUGGAAUGCCCUCAUAAGUUAGCCAAGGAGCAAUGGAAGACAAGGUCAGAACUUUAACAGAAAUUAAGCUCUAUUGAGGGAAAUAGAACAAUCUUACAAAUUUACGACAGCCUGUAUUUUUCCUUGUUUUAGAUCCACUGCUUCUCUUCCUGUAAAUGAGGGGGUGUCUCCAAGAGCACUUGUAAAAACUACAGAUGAAACCAAGGUGAAGUCUAUGUGUGCAUCUAAAGAGAGCUGGCAUUGGUAAGAUGAAUUGGUUCUGAUUAAUGGAACUACGUCAAAUGUGGAAAUGCUAAAGUUUUCUGCUGAACAUGGCCUCCUGGAGCUGCUUAUAAAUAUCAAGAGGCUGGAGCUUGAAGAUGAUGACUUGGGAGCAAAGAAGAGAUGUGAAAGAGGUUUCAUCAAGUAGUAGCACACUUGACCACUGCAGCUGAGGCAUGUUCCUGUUCCCCAGGAGGAGGGCAGGGGAAACUGCCACGUGUCUUAUUGUUCAGAUAAUCUCUAGCCCUUCACAUAAUUGUAAAACAGAUAACUGGUUUUUACAUGUCCAUUGGCAGAAAAGUUGCUGUUAUCAGGGUGGUGUCUUCUUCCAAAUCAGGGGACUGCUACUUACACAACACAUUAUUGCCUCAACGGGAUUGGAAGGGGAGCUGCAGAAACAUUCCGUGUUGCAUUCAGAUUCUAGAAGGAUAUAUAUUUAUGUGUAAAAUGUAUGCCUUCCACCAACUCUUCAAAAGAAAAAAGAGCAACUCUCCAUUGCGCAAGGAGAAAUCCUUGCACUGAUGAACGAAUGCCUUGGCACUACAUUGGAUCCCACUCUUGAAGGCAUUAAGUGUGAUGAUAGGGGCUCUUCUUAGGCCCACAGCCCUGAGCUGUGUAAACUAUACUGUACUAGGACUAACAUGCAGCUGAGUUUUCUUACCUGCCUUAGAAUAGUUCUAGGUAGGUAUUAAAACUAUAUGUAUGCUGUGUCAUGAUGACCCCCUUAUUCUGCCGUUUAGGUGUUUGAUGACAUUAUUUGCACAUGGGUCUGGAUGUAUAAUGUAGGCACAUUCCAUGUGAUCCAUAUAGGAAAGUUGAAAAGUUGUUAAACACUCACCUCUUCAUAAAUUGCAGCAUAGGGUGACUAGAGAGAGCUGGAUGACCAUUUAUGCUGUAUUAACUUUUGAAUUUUCACCUUCUAGGUGUUUGAGGAAACCUUUGAGAGGAACAGUGAGAACACAGCGUCGGCGGCGGUCAAAGUCUCCAGUACUCCAUCCUCCUAAGUUUAUCCAUUAUACCACGAAAAUGCUGCCUUGUAACCAGCCAGUGCUCAAGAACCCAGCUGACACUUCUGAAAGCAGCAGUGACCCGGAUGUGUCAACCCCAAAGGAGUUCUCUAAGAAUGAACAGGCCAGUCACCCCCUCAAUGAUGUUGGCGAGAAACAAAAGGGUGCUCAGCAUUCUGUGGCAUCCAUGGUUGAAAUGCCUAAGAACAAACUUGAGAGUGGUGUUUUUCCUACUUCAGCCGUUCUAAAGGCCACAGAUCUUUCUGAUUUCCAAUCUGUGUCUGAGCAAAAUAAAGGGAAACUCUGUGCGUGUGUAGACAGGGCCUGCCAGUGUAAGCGAUGGCAGGACAUGAAAGUGUACAUGUUUUCUGGCCCACAAAAUUCUCCCCAGUCUGCACCUAAAAGACCACCACAUGUGCAGGACAGUUCCCAACCUUUGCCAUCAAGAACUCCCUCCAGCUCUCUCAGGUCUUGCUCUGAGCAAGCCAGGGCUCAUGUGGAUGAUGUGACAAUUGAAGAUCUUUCAGGGUACAUGGAGUAUUUCCUGUAUAUCCCUAAGAAAAUGUCCCACAUGGCAGAAAUGAUGUACACCUGACAACAGUGGGCUCUACUGAACAAAGGGUUUUGGUAUCUGCCCUUGGUCACACUCCAUCUCAGAAGCAGUUGCUCUCUGUGCUUGUAAUAAAGACACUUUGCAUCACAGCCAAUCUUUUAUUUUUCAUACUCAUUAAUUUAUUACUACUGUUUAUUUAUUUCAGCAAUUGAUAUACUGCUAAACACCUUCAUAUCUCAGCACUGUACAGUAAGAAUAAAAAGAUACAAUAAAGAUAAGUUAAAACUAAUAAAAUAAAAUAAUAAAACUUAAAAUGUCAGCUGAAAUAAAAAGGUCUUCACCAAGCACUGGGGAAGGGGGGUGCUGACCUCAGCUAAUUUAAUGGUAACCAUAAUUCCAAAUCAAGACUACAAAGGUGAAUGGUAAGACCAGGAAAUUAUACUGUCUUGUACAGGGCACAAGAUCAGUUAAUGGGGUAGUUUGGAUUAACUGGCAAAGAACAUUCAGAAUCAAGAGUAGCAAAAUCACUCCAUGGGGAAACCAGUAUAAUAUACAUUUGGGGUGAAAUAAAACAUCUUGCUGUACUUUCUGGUGAAAUAUUUGUGUACAUCCCCACAGAUACUGUAAGCUGUGGGAGGGCACAGUACUUGAAAACCAUAACUUAUUUUCUUCUGCCUAUAUUCCUAGUAUUUGGGUCAUCCCCAGAAAUCUUACUAUUUGUGAAACAUAGUACUUAUCAGCUAACUCUGGCGGUGUCUUGAGGUAAACAUUUCCCGUUUUAGUGAGAGAAGUGAAUUGCAUUUCAUUUUCUUACUGAGCAUUGCUUUAAUUACAGCAUGAAGGCUUUUAGCUAGCUUGUUUUAUAGGAAAUUGAAUUCAGCAGGGUGAACAAUCAAAAUGUAGUUUACCUAUUAAUCUGUGGAUAAAGAUUAAAAUAUGAAGUAAUUUAUAUUUGGCCGCUAGAUGUCAGCCUUGUUUCAUAACUUUGAUUUGAUGCAGCCUGUGCUGUACUUGCACAUCAACUAAGUUCUGUUGAGGAACUCCACUUCAUAAACGAUCCCACUUGACAUCAAGGUGGUCAGCCCCUGGGCGUUCAUAUUUUUUUUAAUAUAAACCCACAGAACUCUGUUUAAAAUGUUGAGUUCUUAUGAGUUGGUGCAGGGGACCAAUGAUGCAAUUAUGUAAAUAAGAUGCAAGUUGGAUUCUCUUAAAAAGCAAUAAUGGCAGACUUGGACUAAGGAAACUGCCUUCAGGCAGUAUGAACUAGGACUGAAGGCUUUUGCCAUAUUAUUUUUAUUUGCAAGUUCCUUUGGUUUGGCUUUCUUGCCAUUUGCAAUGUGUGAAAGCAGUUUUCAACCAAACAAGUAUGCAAAGCUAAAAGCCAUGUUGGCAAUAUACCCAGUUUCUUGCAUCUUGGGUGGCAAUGAACAAAGAUUUCAUGAUAUAUUCUCAUAUCUUGUCCCUUGCCAACUAACCUCCCUGCGCUAUGGAGGCAGCCUACUCUGCCAGGGAAGCAGGGACCCAAAAACCUCCAGGAAAUAAGCUGCUGAGAUGUGCUUCUGCUUCUAUACCUUAAAUUUAGGCAGUGUUUUGCAUUGCCUUUACAGUCAGUGGAAGCUUGUAGCUUUUCCUGCUUUGUGAAUGGUGUUUGGUCCUUCUCCAGCUUGUACUGAGAACUUGCAGAAAUACCAAUCAAGACCAUUCACUAGACACAAAAUCCAGAGAUUUUGUGCUUAAAAAGAGGUGUCUUUAAAAUAACCCUGCCAGAUGAAUGUUGUUCACCUUACUGAGGCUGUGAGAGUUGUGGAUUAUUGCAACUUAUAUUUCCAAGCAUGGCGAUUUAUAAAAUGUUUAGGGCAUGCUCUAUUUUGUAUGUGUGUAAAUUAGUAUGCAUUUCUAUUGCACAGUGCUAAAGUUUUUUUAAGAUGCGUGUGCUUGUGUGAAUAUUAAGGCACAAAACCUGGGCACUGAGUUAAUUUGGAAAUUUCUGACACUUAACAAUUGUAAUGGCUGCAUAAUGUGUCAGAAGUUACACAGAUUAGCUCUGUAUUUGUCUUUGUUUCUGUAUAAUGAGCACCUGUUCCCUGUAAUGUGCUCAGGAAAUAGCACACAUUUUGCCUUCCAGUGUUGAUCUUCUGCAUAAUAAGAGACAGGUGUGGCUGAAGGAGCUGAAAGCUUAACUGAGUUUGCUGUGCUUGCCCUUGAUCUCCUCCCCACCUUCUCAUUCACUUCAGUUCUUUCUUGGAAUAUAGACUGUUUUGAGAGAGGGACCACAGUGCUUCCCUCUUUAGUCUUAAGUGCAUAUGGAAGUGCUACUUAUAGCCAGUGGAUUUAUUUAGCAGUAAUAAUUAAGCAGUGUUUUCACAGUACUAAUAUCUCUUACAUGGGAAGAAAACAAGCACAAGGGAGUAGGAUGUAGAUGGAGUUGAUGAGAGACUUUGGGGAUGGGGCAGGCAGCAGCACUAGAGUGUCCUUUCCUUUCUCCUGCAGCAGCCUUAAAUUGCCUGUGUCGAAUAGAAUAGCACUUAAUUGAAAUGAGACUUGGAGCUUCCCGCUUAUUAGCAAAGCACAUAUUCAUGAAUAGUUGGCGUGUUGAUGGUGAGUGCCAUUUUCUGGCUUUUAAAAGAAUUAAAUAAAAUGUUUCUAUUGCAUCUAUCCUCAAAGCCUCAAGGUGGGUAAUAAGUAAAAUAUAUAAUAACUAGAAAAGUUAAGCAUACAAAGCAAAAAAACAGCACUGAAGCACCCCUUAGAACCAUAACAUUUUCAGCAGAAUUUUAAAAUCAUUUAAGACUCAAAAGUUCUCUUUAAAAGCAAAGGUAUUAUUGUGUGUAGUGAAAAGCCAUUAAUGAGGGGCAACACAAGCUUUCCUUUUGAGGUUGUUCCAGAGCCUGUGGGUGCAGCCACUGAAAAAGCUUUUCCCCAGAUCCCAACCUGAUGUAUUUAUUGGGACCAGGAGAGGGCCCCCCCCCCGCAAACCCAAGCUUUUUUUGUGGGGGGGGGGAGCAACUAGCCAAAGCUGUGCUGCACACCACCUCCAACACAAAGAAAUGACACCGCAACACUACAGAGGUGCUGGAACACACAAAAGAGGUGCCGGAACUUUGUUCCAGCUGAAAAAAAGCCCUGAUGAUGAUGUGGUCCAUGAAAUACUGAAUGCAUCCAGAAAGAUGUGGAGUUAUAACUUGUUGGCUUUCUGUAGCAAAUGGACCAUAUUUUUUUAAAAAUAUUUUAUUUCUCCAGCCAUUUCAGCUCACUCACUGGCAACUUAAGGAAGUUCAACCUGUGAUUGUAAAGCAAAAAACAACCCCCAAAGCUACAUACAUUAUACUGAAGUUACUACCAAUAUAAACGCAGGCAAAGAACUUAAAUUUCUUAAUCCAGAUCUUUGUAAUUUGUGAAAAUUGGAAGUUCAUACAUCCCUAUUAACCAUGGUUUAAAUAAAACUUAGUUAACAAACCAUGGCUUAGCAUUGCAUCGGAGCCCAGUACAGUGCCUUAACUAUGGUUUGUUUAACUAUGGCUCGUUCAUGUUAUUGGUUUACUAAGCUGAACAAUGACUUAGUGUGGGUACCUCAUUUACUGUGGUUAAAAUUUUUGCUCUCAAACUACUAGCCAAGCAACAGUGACAUUAGACAAGAAUGAUGAAAAUGAACCUGCUCUCGGCACUCAGCUCCUCUUUCUAAUCUUUUCCCUAAAGCUGAUUUUGCUGCUAACUCUGCCUGGUAACAGGAUCCUGGAGAAAUGAAUGAUUUUUAAGAGCGUUCCUCCCUUAAAUUUGAGCAGGUGUUGAGUAAGGGGUGGGAGGGUUCCAAAAUUAAGUUCCAUUCCUGACAGUCAUUACAAUUAACAUCCUUAAACUACUAAAACUCAUUACUGAAACGGCCUUUCAAACUCCCUGCCAGCAGAGACACAGGUGACACCAGCAUAGGUAAUGUUCCCUAAAUGUAAAGCAUAACAUUCACAUUAACAGCCUAUUGUCGGUGUGUGUGUGUGGUUGCAGACUAGGGGAAUAGAAUAAAAAGGUUAAACACCUACAAGCUGCAAAAUGGUAUGGGUGCUUCUUUCUUGGGUGAAGGGAUGAAGAUACCUGCUGUUCCAUGACAGGUGCUGAUGAAGAUCACUCAGAAUCUUGCACAUCCUCUCUUGCAGGUGAGGCAAUGAUAGCAAUUUGGUACCACAAAAGACAGAUGAGGGUAGGAAAUAAGGAGGGCAGAGUAUGACAAAACCAUAAUUACAUUGCAUGUAGAAUGUCCUUUGGCUUUGAGCAUGGUUUGUUCAACCAAAAAGCAUUAUUUGAAUAAACCAUGGUUUCAUGUGAUGU